AUGGCUGACAGCGAGGGUGGAUCCGAACAGGAUGAUGUUUCAUUUCUCCGCACGGAGGAUAUGGUAUGCCUAUCCUGUACGGCUACAGGUGAACGAGUUUGUUUAGCAGCUGAGGGGUUUGGUAAUCGUCACUGUUUUCUAGAAAAUAUCGCAGACAAGAACAUACCACCUGACCUCUCUCAAUGUGUCUUUGUGAUAGAACAAGCUCUCUCGGUGCGAGCUUUGCAGGAAUUAGUAACAGCAGCUGGUUCAGAGACGGGCAAAGGUACAGGAUCAGGACAUCGUACGCUCCUCUACGGAAAUGCUAUUUUACUCAGGCAUCUAAACAGCGAUAUGUAUCUCGCCUGUUUAUCAACAAGCUCAUCAAAUGACAAAUUGUCGUUUGAUGUGGGUCUACAAGAGCACUCUCAAGGAGAGGCUUGUUGGUGGACGGUCCAUCCAGCUUCCAAACAAAGAUCUGAAGGAGAAAAAGUCAGAGUCGGUGACGACCUUAUUCUUGUAUCCGUCGCUACAGAAAGAUACUUGCACACGACGAAAGAAAAUAAUUUAUCGGUAGUAAAUGCAUCAUUUCACGUGACACACUGGUCAGUUCAACCCUAUGGGACCGGAAUCAGCAGGAUGAAAUACGUCGGCUACGUGUUUGGAGGAGAUGUACUUAGAUUUUUCCACGGAGGCGACGAGUGCUUAACUAUUCCAUCUACUUGGAGUACUUCACCUGGUCAAAACAUUGUUAUUUACGAAGGAGGUAGCGUUAUGAGUCAAGCACGAUCACUCUGGCGCUUAGAACUGGCACGUACCAAAUGGGCCGGUGGUUUUAUCAAUUGGUUGCACCCAAUGCGAAUAAGACAUUUAACAACGGGCCGUUAUCUCGGCGUUAAAGAGAAUAACGAACUAUAUUUAGUCGAUAGAAAUGAAGCUACGAUUGAGACUUCGACCUUCUGGCUACGUCAGGAGAAGGACGACCAAAAAAUAGUCCUUGAGGAUAAGGAUCUUGAAGUCAUUGGAAUGCCUAUUAUUAAGUAUGGUGAUUCUACGGUCAUCAUGCAGCAUUCUACGACAUGUCUUUGGGUUUCUUAUAAGUCCUAUGAGACAAAGAAGAAGGGUGUCGGCAAAGUAGAAGAAAAACAGGCAGUUUUGCAUGAGGAAGGUAAGAUGGACGACGGGUUAGACUUCUCGAGGUCGCAAGAAGAAGAAUCAAGGACCGCGAGGGUCAUACGCAAAUGCAGCAGCCUUUUUACUCAAUUCAUCACAGGUCUAGAAACAUUACAGGUUGACCGAAGAGCGUCGAUGUUUUUUCAAAAUGUCAAUCUUAAUGAAAUGGUCAUGUGUUUGGAGGAUUUGAUUAAUUACUUCGCCCAGCCUGAGGAUGAUAUGGAACACGAAGAGAAACAAAACCGAUUCCGAGCUUUGAGAAACCGCCAGGAUUUGUUCCAAGAGGAGGGAAUUCUGAACUUGAUACUGGAGGCUAUUGACAAGAUAAAUGUAAUAACAUCUCAGGGGUUUUUGGUCGCAAUGUUUGGGGAUGAGAGCGGACAGGCGUGGGAUCAAAUUUCGGGAUACUUGUAUCAAUUACUGGCAGCAAUAAUAAAGGGAAACCAUACCAACUGUGCUCAGUUCGCGAAUAGUAAUCGUUUAAACUGGUUGUUUAGUCGAUUGGGGUCACAGGCCUCUAGUGAAGGCACUGGAAUGCUUGAUGUGCUUCAUUGUGUCCUCAUCGACUCACCAGAAGCGCUGAAUAUGAUGAGGGAUGAACAUAUCAAAGUUAUAAUAUCACUCCUGGAAAAACACGGUCGUGACCCAAAAGUCCUGGAUGUCCUCUGCUCCCUUUGUGUGGGAAAUGGUGUCGCAGUUCGAUCGUCCCAGAACAAUAUCUGCGAUUUCCUUCUUCCUGGGAAAAACUUACUUCUUCAAACGCAAUUGGUGGACCACGUGGCCAGUGUAAGACCUAAUAUCUUUGUUGGUAGAGUCGAGGGCUCGGCGGUCUAUCAGAAGUGGUACUUUGAAGUUACGGUGGAUCACAUCGAACAAACGACGCAUAUGAUGCCACACUUGAGGAUUGGCUGGGCCAACACCACCGGGUACGUUCCAUAUCCAGGAGGCGGUGAAAAAUGGGGUGGUAACGGUGUUGGGGAUGAUUUAUACUCAUUCGGAUUUGACGGGGCAUUUCUGUGGACCGGAGGCAGAAAGACACCAGUACUAAACAACGCUACGGAGCCGUAUAUCAGAAAAGGUGACGUGGUUGGGUGCGCGCUGGAUUUGACCGUCCCGGUAAUAACAUUCACGUUCAACGGAUCAAACAUUUCCGGGUCCUUCAGGAAUUUCAAUCUUGACGGGAUGUUUUUCCCAGUGAUAAGUUGCUCUUCAAAAUUGUCCUGCCGAUUUUUGCUUGGAGGUGACCAAGGAAGGAUGAAGUUCCAGCCACCUGAAGAGUUUUCUCCGUUGGUUGAGAGCUUGUUACCGCAGCAAAUUCUUUCCCUCGACCCGUGCUUCUACUUCGGGAACAUGAGCAAGGUAGUUUUGGCCGGUCCUUGGUCCGUCGAAGACGACACAGCCUUUGUUCCUGCUCCAGUGGACACCAGCAUGGUCAAUCUCCCGGCUUAUGUUGAACAAAUACGUGAUAAGUUGGCGGAAAACAUUCACGAGAUGUGGGCGAUGAACAAAAUUGAAGCGGGAUGGAUUUUUGGAGAACAGCGCGAUGAUAUGCGGAAGAUUCAUCCUUGUAUAGUUCAAUUUGAAAAGCUACCGGCUGCUGAAAAAAGAUACGACACUCAGCUGGCUGUUCAGACGUUGAAAACAAUUUUAGCGUUGGGUUACUAUAUCACGGUAGAUAAGCCGGAACAAAGGAUAAAAACUCUGAGGCUGCCAAAUGAACCGUUUUUGCAGAGUAGUGGGUACAAACCCGCGCCUCUAGAUUUGACCGCAAUUACUCUGACCCCAAAAAUGGAAGAACUGGUGGACCAAUUGGCGGAAAAUACUCACAACUUGUGGGCUAAGGAAAGGAUCAGUCAAGGGUGGACCUACGGGCUUAACGAGGAUUCCGAGAUGAGACGCAGUCCGCAUUUAGUGCCUUAUCCAAAAGUUGACGAAGCUAUCAAAAAGGCUAACAGAGACACUGCUAGUGAAACUGUUAGAACGCUUUUAGUUUAUGGAUAUAUGUUGGAUCCGCCUACUGGGGAACAACAUGAAGCAUUACUUCUAGAAGCAAGCAGACUACGUCAAUUAUGCUUCAGAACAUACAGAGUAGAGAAGCACUACGCAGUAACCAGUGGAAAGUGGUACUUUGAAUUUGAAGUACUGACUGCAGGACCGAUGCGCGUAGGGUGGGCAAAGGCCGAUUGCAUGCCAGGAAGCAUGCUCGGAAGUGACGACUGCACUUGGGCUUUUGAUGGGUAUAACGAGGAAAAAGUAUUCUCGGGCAGCGCCGAAACGUUUGGCAAACAAUGGCAAGUUGGAGAUGUUGUUGGUGUAUUCCUGGAUCUUAUUGACCGAACAAUUAGUUUUUCGUUGAAUGGAGAGCUUCUUAUGGACGCGCUCGGAGGAGAAACAUCAUUUGCUGAUGUUCAAGGUGACUCUUUUGUACCAGCUUUUACAUUGGGAGUAGGCCAAAGAGCUAAAUUAACAUUUGGACAGGAUGUUAAUACUUUGAGGUACUUUACUACUUGUGGUCUUCAGGAAGGAUAUGAACCUUUUUGUGUAAACAUGAAUAGAGCAGUGACAUAUUGGUACACAAAAGAUCAACCGAUUUUUGAAAAUACCGACGACAUGAUUGACGGGCGAAUUGAUGUCGCGAGAAUUCCUGCGGGGUCUGACAGCCCACCGUGUCUCAAAAUAUCACACAAUACAUUUGAGACCAUGGAGAAGGCUAAUUGGGAAUUUCUCCGUCUGUCUUUGCCCGUUAUCUGUCAAUCAUCUUUCGUAACGGAGAACGAGAAAGCGAGGCGAUGGCAAGAGAUUAAAAUGCGCCAAAAUAGAUUGUUGAUUGAACAAAAUGAACAAUAUCACGCGGCCACGCCGUCGGCUAAUAUGGAGCAUAUUAUGAAGUCUGGAUUUAGUAUGAGCGAUAUCAAAGGAUUACAAAGAAAUUACUCAGAAGAUGCUGUCGAAGAAGCUGUUGAAAUGAUGAAAGAAUCACCUUUACCUCAAAGAAGCAAACCAGCAAGACCUCCUCGCAAAAACUCUCUCUACGAAUCUCACAAUUUAAAUCAUGACAGCGGUAAUGAGGGUGAAAUGAAUGGAUUCGAGGAGAUGAACGGAGACGCAAAGGAUGAUAAAAAAUUAAAACGUGGCAGAUCACCGUUCAGAUUUUUUUCGCGCAAAGCCAAGUCUCCGGAUGCAAAGUCAAGGACUCCAGAACCGGGUAUGCUCGACAUGACGGACAAAGCUGCUCGAGGUGUUUCUGCGUCGAGACUUUCUAACAAAUCGCCUCAAAUUCGCGUAUCGACGACUGACUUGAAAGUUGUCCCGCCCCAAAUCCCGGAACGCAAUGCGCCAAAAGCGAUGUCUGUAAACUUGACUGGAACUGGAGUAGAAGCUAUUGGAAAUGAACUUUUCGACGCAGAUUGUUUGAAAUUGAUGAAUGAAUAUUUUUACGGAGUAAGAGUAUUCCCUGGGCAGGAUCCAACUCAUGUUUAUGUAGGUUGGGUCACAUCACAGUAUCAUCUACAUGCCAAGGACUUUAAUCUCUCACGUGUUAGGAAAUCGUCUGUUGUUAUUGUUGAUGAAUAUGACCGUGUUGUUGAACAAGUAGAUAGACAAAGUUGCUACAUGGUUCGAGCAGACGAGCUUUACAACGAAGUAACCCAAGAUGCGUCUGGAAAAGGAGCUUCUCAAGGAAUGUUCGUCGGGUGCUUCGUCGACACAGCGACUGGUCUCGUAUCAUUCACUUGCGAGGGAAAAGAAACCAGUCACAAAUUUAAAAUGGAGCCUGAUACAAAACUCUUCCCGGCGAUCUUCGUCGAAGCUACCAGCAAAGAAAUCCUCCAGAUUGAAUUGGGCCGUACGUCAACGACUCUCCCGCUUUCAGCGGCUGUUCUUCAGAACUCCGAACGUCACGUAACUCCGCAGUUUCCUCCGCGUCUGAAAGUCCAAUGCUUGAAACCCCAUCAGUGGGCAAGAGUCCCCAACCAAUCUCUCCAGGUGCAUGCUUUAAAGCUUUCUGACAUCAGAGGGUGGUCCAUGCUCUGCGAGGACGCAAUUUCAAUGCUAGCCUUGCAUAUUCCUGAAGAGGAUCGAUGCAUUGACAUACUGGAGCUUAUAGAGAUGGAUAAGCUUCUAAGUUUCCAUGCACAUACUUUGAUUUUGUACGCUGCAUUGUGUUAUCAAUCAAACUAUAGAGCAGCCCACGCGCUUUGUCUCCACGUCGAUCAGAAACAAUUGUUGUAUGCGAUACGCGCUGAAUACAUGUCAGGUCCGCUACGUCAAGGAUUUUAUGACCUUCUCAUUGCUCUUCAUCUCGAGUCACAUGCUACGACUAUGGAAACUUGCAAAAAUGAAUUCAUUAUCCCUUUAGGACAAGAAUUGAAAGAUCUUUACGAAAACGAGGAAAUGUGUCACAGUUUAAGAUACCUAGAAACAGAAUCUGUAAGACCACAGAUGAAAAUGACCAACAUCAGUGAAAAUCAGAACAUCGAGAACAUCCGCAGUCUCUACAGUCCGUACUUUCCUCUGGAUAUCGUAAGGGAUUACGUUAUGAUGGCGCUCAAUGAAGCCGUUGAAAUAAACCAAGUCCACAAUCGCGAUCCAAUUGGUGGCAGCAACGAGAAUCUCUUUUUACCUUUAUUGAAACUUACUGACCGGUUACUUUUGGUUGGAAAACUGAGAAAUGAAGACAUUGCAAAACUUCUUAUUAUGAUCAAUCCAGAAACUUGGGACCCGACUUUUGAUAAAGAGGGAAAAGAUGAGCACAAAAAAGGAUUACUACACAUGAAAAUGGCCGAAGGAGCAAAGCUUCAGAUGUGUUACCUCCUCCACCAUUUAUGCGACAUCCAACUCCGUCACAGAGUAGAAUCAAUAAUCGCCUUUAGUCACGACUUCGUCGGGGAGCUCCAAGCAGAUCAAUUGCGGCGUUACAUAGACAUAAAACAAUCAGAUUUGCCUUCAGCAGUUGCUGCCAAAAAGACCAAAGAGUACCGUUGUCCACCCCGCGAGCAAAUGAACUCUAUCCUAAGCUUCAAAAGCCUGGAGGAUGACGAUCCCGAUAAUAUUCCCUGUGGAGAAGAUUUAAUCGCAAAGAUGAACGAGUUUCACGGUAAACUCAUGUCCUACGUUUCCCUUCAAGCUAUAGAAGAAUCUUCAGAUGCUACUGACGAAUCUGCAGAGCCUCUGAAGCCAGAAGGCUGGAAGAAAAUUUUAUCCAUUAUUCCCUUCAAGUCGCAGGCGCUGAUGAUAAAAGAAAUCGAGGAGGAACCGAAACCAGAGGAGGAACCUGUUAAGAAAACUCCGGAAGAAGUAUUCCGCAAGGUUUUGAUCUCGACGAUUGUCAGUUGGGCGGAAGAAACCCAAAUUGAAACUCCGAAGCUCGUAAGAGAGAUGUUCAGUCUCUUGGUGAGACAGUAUGACACAGUGGGCGAGUUGAUUAGAGCUUUGGAAAAGACUUAUGUAAUCAACAGCAAGACCAAAGAUGAUGUGGCUGGAAUGUGGGUCGGGUUGGUUCAAAUUCGCGCGUUGCUCCCAGUUCAGAUGUCUCAGGAAGAAGAAGAACUGGUUAGAGAAAGAUUGUGGAAGCUUGUCAACAAUCACACAUUCUUCCAGCACCCAGAUUUGAUCCGUGUGCUGAGAAUCCACGAGAAUGUGAUGGCUAUUAUGAUCAACACGCUGGGUCGUAGAUCCCAAGCGCAAUCAGAUACCCAAACUCAGGCCCAAGUCACAGAAGGCGAGGCUCCUUCAAAAGAAAAAGACACCUCGCAUGAAAUGGUCGUCGCUUGUUGUAGAUUUUUGUGUUACUUCUGCAGAACUUCUCGGCAGAAUCAGAAAGCUAUGUUCGACCACUUCAAUUUCUUGCUGGAGAACAGUAAUAUUUUGUUGUCAAGACCUUCGUUGAGAGGCUCCACGCCGCUGGAUGUUGCUUACUCAAGUCUGAUGGAAAAUACAGAGCUUGCUCUGGCUUUGAGGGAACAUUAUUUGGAGAAAAUUGCUGUUUACUUGUCGCGCUGCGGCUUGCAAUCUAAUUCAGAGCUUGUUGAAAAGGGAUAUCCUGAUCUUGGGUGGGAUCCGGUUGAAGGAGAACGUUAUCUUGAUUUUUUGAGAUUCUGCGUUUGGGUUAAUGGUGAAAGUGUUGAAGAAAAUGCAAACUUAGUUAUCCGCUUGCUGAUCCGUCGACCAGAAUGUCUUGGACCGGCUUUACGUGGUGAAGGCGAGGGACUUUUGCAAGCUAUUAUUGAAGCUAACAAAAUGUCCGAACGAAUCGCGGACCGGCGAAAACGUUUUAAACAGGUCCACGACGAAGCCGAGGGCAAUGCGAUAAUCGCCCAAUUUGAACACCCACUUCCCGAAUCGGAUGACGAUGAAGAUUACAUCGACACUGGAGCUGCUAUUUUGAAUUUCUACUGUACGCUUGUCGACUUAUUGGGCCGCUGUGCUCCAGAUUCUUCAGUUAUCGAGCAAGGCAAAAAUGAAUCUCUGAGAGCCCGAGCAAUCUUAAGGUCUCUCGUUCCGCUGGACGAUCUUCAAGGAGUGUUAUCUCUGCGCUUUACCCUUCUGAAUCUUGCAGCCGGUCAGGAAAGACCAAAAAGCGACACACCGUCAGGAUUGAUUCCAGGUCACAAGCAGAGUGUUGUGUUGUUCUUGGAGCGGGUCUACGGUAUCGAGACCAAGGAACUGUUCUUUAAGAUUCUAGAAGAAGCUUUUCUGCCUGACUUGCGUGCUGCUACGAUGCUGGAUAGAAACGAUGGCUAUGAAUCAGACAUGGCUCUCGCGAUGAAUCGUUACAUUGGAAACAGUAUUCUUCCUUUGUUGAUCAAUUUAUCGAAAUUUUAUAACGAAGCUGAUAAUUAUGCUAGCUUGCUUGAUGCAACUCUACACACUGUUUAUCGGCUCAGUAAGAACAGGAUGUUGACCAAAGGACAACGUGAAGCUGUGUCAGACUUCUUGGUAGCAUUGACUAGUCAAAUGCAACCGAGUAUGCUGCUGAAACUCCUUCGCAAGCUCACUAUUGAUGUCUCCCAAUUAUCAGAAUACACUACAGUCGCUUUACGACUUCUUACACUGCACUACGAUCGUUGCGCUAAAUAUUACGGCUCGACGGGAGGUCAAGGUUCCAGUGACGAAGAAAAGCGACUGACGAUGGUGUUAUUCAGCAAUAUAUUCGAUUCACUGUCCAAGAUGGACUACGACCCCGAACUGUUCGGUAAAGCAUUGCCGUGUCUCACAGCGAUCGGUUGCGCUUUACCACCAGAUUAUUCGCUCUCCAAGAAUUACGACGAUGAAUGGUACAGCAGCAAAUCGGCUUCAACACAGUCUCCAGAUGGACCUUACAAUCCCGCACCUAUCAACACCACGAGUGUCGUUCUCAACAACGAUUUGAAUCAAAUAGUCCAGAAGUUCUCCGAACAUUAUCACGACGCUUGGGCUAAUCGAAAGCUUGAAAACGGCUGGACUUACGGAGAGUCAUGGUCUGAUGCCAAUAAAACUCAUCCCAGGUUAAAGCCCUACAAUAUGCUGAAUGAUUACGAGAAAGAACGGUACAAAGAACCUGUUAGGGAGAGUUUAAAAGCUCUGCUUGCAAUUGGGUGGAGUGUCGAGCAUGCUGAAGUUGAUGUUCCUUCAACGAACCGUAGUUCUUUAAGACGAUCUUCCAAGAGCCAGAGCGACGCAGCGAAUCCGUUUAAUUACAAUCCACAUCCAGUUGAUAUGACCAACCUUACAUUGAGCAGAGAAAUGCAAAAUAUGGCUGAAAGAUUAGCCGAUAAUGCUCACGACAUUUGGGCAAAGAAGAAAAAAGAAGAGUUGAUAACUUCAGGAGGUGGAAUUCAUCCUCAAUUAGUUCCGUAUGAUUUACUAACAGACAAGGAAAAGCGCAAAGACCGCGAACGUUCUCAGGAAUUUUUGAAGUAUCUUCAGUACCAAGGUUACAAAUUGCACAAACCAAACCGCGGUGGUGAAACAGAAGUCGCGGGAGCCGGAGCUGCUGUUGAACUUAGAUUCGCGUACUCGCUUCUGGAGAAAUUGAUCGCGUAUUUGGACAAGGCGACUAUCAACAUGAAGCUUUUGAAGCCUUCAGAUACGUACAGCAGACGAAACAGUUUUAAAACUUCAACGCGAGAUAUUAAAUUCUUCAGCAAAGUCGUGUUACCUUUGAUGGAAAAAUACUUCAGUACUCAUAGAAAUUACUUUAUUGCUGUAGCAACCGCGACUAAUAAUGUUGGUGCAGCUUCUCUUAAAGAAAAGGAAAUGGUUGCUGCGUUGUUUUGCAAAUUGGCGAGUUUGUUGCGCUCAAGACUCGCGGCUUUUGGCGCGGAUGUAAGAAUCACUGUACGAUGUCUUCAGGUACUUGUUAAAGGAAUUGACGCGAAAUCGUUGGUUAAAAAUUGUCCUGAGUUUAUUAGAACUUCUAUGCUGACUUUCUUUAAUAACACUGCGGAUGAUCUUGGUCACACGAUUUUGAAUCUUCAGGAGGGAAGGUAUAGUCAUCUUCGUGGGACACAUUUGAAAACUUCCACGUCGUUGUUUUAUGUCAACAGUGUUGUUUUACCGACUCUCACUGCUAUGUUCGAUCAUCUUGCUGUUUGUGAAUACGGCAGCGAUCUUUUGCUUGAUCAAAUUCAAGUAGCGUCAUACAAAAUGCUAGCGUCACUCUACUCCCUAGGAACUGAUGCAACAUUGACCCACGACCGCAAGUACCUAAAGACUGAAAUCGAACGAAACAAACCAAAUUUGGGAUCGUGCCUCGGCGCAUUCUCCAGUUGUUUUCCUGUAGCUUUCCUCGAGCCUCACCUCAACAAACAUAAUCAAUUUUCUCUCCUAAACCGCAUCGCCGAUAAUUCUCUUGAAGCUCAAGAUAUAAUGACACGAAUGGACUCAAGUAUGCCGACUCUAGAAACGAUUCUCGCAGAAGUUGACGCUUUCGUCGAGUCCGAACAAACUUACAACGACGCGCCGCAUAUCGUCGACGUGAUACUACCUCUCCUGUGUUCUUACCUGCCAUUCUGGUGGGCUCAGGGUCCAGAUAACGUUAAUCCUACCGAAGGUACCUACGUCAGUAUGGUUACCAGCGACCACAUGAACCAGUUGCUUAAAAAUGUAUUGAAGUUGAUAAAAAAAAAUAUCGGAAAUGAAAACGCUCCAUGGAUGACCCGCAUUGCAGCUUACACUCAACAGAUUAUCAUCAACUCGUCAGAGGAAUUGUUGAAGGAUCCAUUUUUACCGCUUGCUGAAAGGGUCAGGAAACGGACUGACAAUAUGUUCCAUAAAGAGGAAUCUCUUCGCGGGUUCAUUAAGUCGUCAACUGACGAUACUUCGCAAGUAGAAGCUCAGAUUCAAGAAGAUUGGCAGCUUCUUGUACGAGAUAUUUACGCUUUCUAUCCAUUGUUGAUUAAGUACGUUGACUUGCAACGUAAUCAUUGGUUGAGAAAUAAUAUUCCUGAGGCUGAAGACUUGUAUAAUCAUGUAGCAGCCAUUUUUAACAUCUGGUCAAAAUCUCAAUACUUCCUUAAAGAAGAACAGAACUUUAUUUCGGCAAAUGAAAUUGAUAAUAUGGUUCUUAUUAUGCCUACUGCGAUCCGAAGAACUGCGACUGUUACUGAUGGAUCUGCUCCUGCUCCCGGAAAGAAAAAGAAGAAGAACCGUGAUAAGAAACGUGACAAAGACAAAGAAGUCCAGGCAUCAUUAAUGGUAGCCUGUCUAAAACGUUUAUUACCAGUGGGACUUAACUUAUUCGCUGGUCGGGAGCAAGAGUUGGUCCAGCACUGCAAAGACCGUUUUCUCAAGAAACUUCCGGAAGCAGACAUCGCGGAGUUCGCUAAAAUACAACUAACUCUACCCGACAAAAUAGACCCCGCGGAUGAAAUGUCUUGGCAACACUAUUUGUACUCGAAGUUGGGGCAAAAGAAGGAUAUUGUUGAACCAGGAAAGCCACCACAGACCGAGGAUGUCGUUAUGAGAAUUACCGACAUGGCCAAAGUACUCUACGGACUUCAUAUGAUUGAUCAUCCCCAGCAGCAAGGCAAGAGUAGUUACAAAUCCGUGGUCUCUAUUCAACGGAAACGAGCGGUUAUCGCUUGUUUCCGUCAGAAUCCCUUACAUUCCUUACCCAGGUAUCCUAAUUUUUAUUUAUGUGUGGCUACUAAACCAAUGCCAUCAAGAGACGGAUGGAAACGCGUGUUGUGUGCAGCAAGAAAACGCGCUGCUGUUGCAUGUCUUCGUAGUGAACCUUUGUACAAAUUGAGGAGACAUCGGGCUAUAAAUAUAUUUGCAAGAACUUAUUACGAGCUAUGGCUCCAAGACGAAAAUGUUGGACAGGAAAAAAUGAUUGAAGAUUUAACGCAAUCUUUUGAAGACGCAGAGCUUAAGAAAGUAGACUCCGCGGAGGACGAAGGAAAACCCGAUCCCCUAACACAAUUGGUAACAACUUUUUGUCGCGGCGCGAUGACCGAGCGCACUGGUGCUCUUCAGGAAGACCCUCUGUACAUGAGUUACGCGCAAAUUAUUUCCAAGUCCUGCGGGGAAGAAGAAGAAGAGGGUGAAGAUGAAGAGGGUGGUGGUGGCGAAGAAGAGGGUCAGGCUUCUAUUCAUGAACAAGAAAUGGAAAAACAAAAAUUGCUAUUCCACCAAGCACGGCUUGCAAAUCGAGGUGUCGCGGAAAUGGUUCUCCUUCACAUAUCAGCAUGCAAAGGAGUACCCAGUGAAAUGGUAAUGAAAACUCUCGAGCUGGGAAUAUCGAUCCUCCGCGGGGGUAAUAUUGAUAUCCAGCGGGGAAUGUUAAAUCACUUAAAAGAGAAAAAAGACGUCGGAUUUUUCACUUCAAUCGCGGGACUGAUGAAUUCCUGCAGCGUGUUAGAUCUCGACGCCUUUGAAAGGAACACCAAAGCCGAGGGGUUGGGUGUGGGAUCUGACGGAGCUGCCGGUGAGAAAAAUAUGCAUGACGCUGAAUUUACAUGUGCUUUAUUCAGGUUUAUUCAAUUGACUUGUGAAGGUCACAAUUUAGACUGGCAAAAUUAUUUGAGAACGCAGGCUGGAAACACGACGACUGUAAACGUGGUAAUUUGCACAGUAGAUUACCUGCUGCGGCUACAAGAGUCGAUAAUGGACUUUUACUGGCAUUACUCGAGUAAAGAAUUAAUAGAUCCCGCGGGUAAAGCUAAUUUCUUCAAAGCAAUCAGUGUUGCUAGUCAAGUAUUUAACACGCUGACUGAAGUAAUCCAAGGUCCUUGCGCUCAAAAUCAACAAGCGCUUGCUCACUCGCGUUUAUGGGACGCUGUCGGUGGUUUCUUGUUUUUGUUCUCUCAUAUGCAGGAUAAAUUGUCGAAACAUUCGAAUCUCGUGUCCUCGCCAAGUUUCCUCGAAGUUGAUCUCAAUAAAGACGGAUGGGUGUAUCCAAAAGACUUUAAAGAGAAAAUGGAGCAGCAGAAAAGUUAUACACCGGAGGAAAUAGAUUUCUUGUUGGCGUGUUGCGAGAUAAAUCAUGACGGGAAAAUAGAUUAUGUCGCUUUUAUGAAUCGAUUCCACGAGCCAGCCAAAGAAAUAGGAUUCAAUUUAGCGGUGUUGCUAACGAAUUUAUCAGAACACAUGCCAAAUGAACCCCGUCUGGCGCGCUUCCUCGAGACAGCGGGCUCUGUUCUCAAUUACUUUGAGCCAUUCCUCGGUAGAAUUGAAAUCCUCGGCGGAAAUAGGAAAAUAGAACGCGUUUACUUUGAGAUAAAGGAGUCGAAUAUUGAGCAGUGGGAAAAACCGCAGAUCAAAGAAUCCAAGCGGUCGUAUUUCUACAGCACGGUGGUUGAAGCCGGAGACAAAGAGAAGCUCGAGACGUUUAUUAACUUCUGCGAGGACGCUAUUUUUGAAAUGCAGCAUGCGAGCGCACUGAUGGCUGUUGAAGAGAGCGGAGGAAUUGGCAAAGCCAGAGAAUCCUCUUACACGUAUAUCACCGACGACGAUGAGGAAAAAAAUAAAGAUCCAAUUAGACGAGGGAUCCAAGCUUUCAAAGACGGAAUUUCAUUUUUGUUUGCAAUGUUCUCGAUUGCUAAUAUUAAGAACAAAAUUGCAGAAAUGCAACAGAUGACGAUACCUGAGCUAAUUGUUGGAUUUUUCAAAAUGAUAUUCUACGCGUUUUAUUACUCUGGAUUUGGAGUUGGAAUUGUUAUUAAUUACUUUUUGCAAUUUUUAUUGGCUUUGAUGCGCGGUCCCCAUGUUGAAGAACUUGUUGUUGAAGUUAAGGAAGAGGAAGAAAAAUAUUCACGGCAUUUACCUACACUACCACCGACUCCUGAUGAAUCUAAUUUACAAGUACAAGCAUUUGGUAUGGACAUAACUAAAGAAGAAGGUGGUCAAAUAAAAAUAGCUGCUCACGAAUCGAAUCCCUCGUCUCCCCAAUCCAGUAUAGAUGAACCAGGAGAAAGUACUCCUGAAGAAGGUUUAGUUGACGGUGCUAGUAAAGCUGAUGGUGAAUCUGAAGGACCUGUUACCUUGGCUGAUCUUCUAGGCGGUGAACAAGCAAGAGCUCAAGCCGCUGCAACAGCAGAAGCAGCAGCAGCCCAACAAGCAGCAAUGGCUGCAGUUGAAGCUGAAUCUAAGCAAGAAGUAACUGUAGAGCCAUCAACGGGUUACACAAUUGACUUUUCAGCUUACACUCAUCGAUUUCUUUCUAUGUUGGCUAGAAAUUUCUACUAUCUUAAAUAUGCAGCAUUAGGUCUUGCUUUUGCGAUCAACUUUGUUCUUUUGUCCUACCGAGUAUCAGCUGUAUUCGACCAAGAUGACGGCAGUGGAGAUUCUAUCGAUGACAUCUUGUCAGAAAUGUCGGGAGCAAGUGGCUCGGGUUCGGGUUUAGGAAGCGGUUUCGCGGAAACUGCGAGCGGUGGUAACGAUGAAGAUAGCUCUCAAGAAGAAGAAGAUGAUUCGCUUGAAUACGUCUCUGUACCAGAAGACUACUUUUGGCUGGCUCACUUGAUGAGACUAAUGGCCGGUUUACACUCUCUAGUAUCGUUGGCAAUGCUUGUCGCUUACUACCACCUCAAAGUACCGCUCGCUAUUUUCAAACGUGAAAAAGAAGUCGCUCGUCGAGUUGAAUUCGACGGUUUGUAUAUUAUGGACAACACUGGCAUUGAGGGUGAAGAAGUUAAAGAAAAAUGGGAUAAAAUAGUUAUAUCUGCCAAGACUUUUCCUGUUAACUAUUGGGAUAAUUUCUUUAGCAUCGAUUGGAGGUAUCAAUUAUGGAAAGCUGGUGUCACAAUAACUGAUCAAUCGUUCUUGUACAGUUUGUGGUACUUUACAUUCUCAAUUCUCGGCAAUUACAACAACUUCUUCUUCGCGGCUCAUCUACUGGACGUCGCGGUUGGAUUCAAAACACUGAGAACUAUUUUAGAGUCUGUCACGCACAAUGGAAAACAAUUAGUAUUAACAGUCAUGCUGCUCACUAUUAUCGUGUAUAUUUACACAGUCAUAGCCUUUAAUUUCUUCCGUAAAUUUUACAUACAAGAUGAAGACGAAGAAGUUGACAAAAAAUGUCACGACAUGUUAACGUGUUUCGUUUUCCAUCUUUAUAAAGGAGUAAGAGCUGGAGGUGGUAUCGGUGAUGAAAUUGGUGAACCUGACGGCGAUGAAUAUGAACCUUACCGAAUUUUGUUUGAUAUUACAUUUUUCUUCUUUGUAAUUGUUAUCCUUCUUGCUAUUAUUCAAGGUUUGAUCAUUGAUGCAUUCGGAGAGCUUCGUGAUCAAUUGGAAAGUGUUAAAACAAAUAUGGAAAGUAAUUGCUUCAUAUGCGGAUUGGGAAAAGAAUAUUUUGAUGCUGUUCCUCGUGGAUUUGAAACGCACGUUACUCAAGAGCAUAAUUUAGCAAAUUACAUGUUCUUCCUCAUGCACCUCAUUAAUAAGCCAGACACCGAGUACACAGGUCAAGAGACUUAUGUAUGGAACAUGUAUCAACAGCGACAGUGGGACUUUUUUCCGGUUGAACGAAGCCGGAGAGGAAGAAGUCAAAAAAAAAUAAUUUUAAGUGUUUCUUUUUUUUUUUUUUUAUUCAAUUGA